GGGUAGUGUUAUCAGUUGGCUUUUGCAAAUUCAUGGGGAUGUUGCUUGCAUGUCAGAUAUCUUGUACCUUGCACCCAGUUCCGUUAUGUUGUAAUUUCAUACAAUCGAUUGGCUACCAACCAGUCUUGUUAAACCACAAAAGGCCUCAGUUAAAGCGGACUCGAAUGCAUUUACCGUGGAGCUCUUAAAUAUCCAUGCGUUUCUCGUGUUUUCAAUUUUGAGUUUUUUUUAAUUUUGUAGCUUUUAACUAUGGAUAGGAAAUUACGCACCUGCAGCCGAAAAACGCUGUCUGAAAUACAUUGUUUUAUACAAUAGCCGUUUAACAAUGUCAAUACUAGUCUACUUCAGUGGAGUGGUUUUAUGAAAAAGCACAGCGUUAAGGUGGCGUAAGAAUGAAGAAUGGAAAAAUGUGAAGCAUUACAUCAAGGAAGUGGCCUGCCCUGGAUGCAAGAAAAUACCGAUAAAUAGCAGUUUUGAGAAGCACCCCUGAAGCUGCAGGAUCUGCAACCAUGCUGACGAAUCCUGUGUUCGUGGAGUCAGUUAUUGUUUUCACUAUUGUUUUGUGUGUCCAUUUUGUGGUUUGGAAUCAGCUGUCAUGGUGUUCCAUUGCCUUGGCCAUUCAAGCCUUCUAUGUCCAGUACAAAUGGGACCGCCUCCUGAAAUCUGGCGGGGCUGUGUUUCAGUUCAGACCCUCUGCAAACAGUGGCAUCCUGCCCGCUUGCAUGAUCAUGCCUCUACUUGGCCUGGCCCUGAAAGAGCGCUGCCAAGCCUCCGGAAAUGUGUACUUUGAGCGCUUUUCAAUGGUGGUCACCGCGACAGGGAUGAUGCUGGCUCUGUUUCUCUCCCUGAUUGCCCUCGGCAUCACCAGGCCUGUGCCGACCAACACCUGUGUCAUUUCUGGCAUUGCUGGUAGCGCCGUGAUCUACACGAUCAAGCAAACCCUAACGGUCUCUGAAGUCAUUGAAGUGCUGGAGGUGCUUCUGAUCUUCGUCUACCUCAGCCUGAUCAUUCUGUACCUCCUGCCUCGCUGCUUCACUCCUGGUGAGGGCCUCAUCAUCAUCGGUGGUAUUAGCUUCAUCAUCAACCAGCUCAUUAAGCGCUCCCUGAAUGCCCCUGAAUCCAAAGGGGAUCCCAUCAACUACUUCCUGCUAGUGAUCGUGGUUGGAUGUCUCUUGCUGGGGAUCUUCUUCACCCUGCUCUUCUGCUUCAUGGAGUCGGAGACCUGGGUGUCCUCCCUGUUUUUCCACAUGAUGACGGCAGUUCUUGGCUUGGGGAUUAUCAUGCCAUGGCUUGCCCUCCUGAUCCGAAGGCACCCCUUAAUGUGGCUGAUCGACUUCCUCCUCCUGAGUCAGAACAGACUCUGCCUGCUGGCCUACUGGGUCCUGCUGGCAGUGCUGGCGUCUCUGGUGGUGUUCCACCAGAACUACAAGAGGUCUUUGGGGUCCAAGAAGCACCAGGCCUCUACAGUCGUGAGGAAGUACUUCCAUUUCAUUGUGGUGGCCACGUACGUGCCUGGGCUGAUUUACGACCGUCAGCUUCUGCACGUCGCCUCCGUCACCUGCUUGGCCGCCUUCCUUCUCCUGGAGUACGUCCGCUACUUUCGGAUCAGACCCGUCGGGCACCUCCUCCGGCAACUGCUAUCUCUGUUCCUGGAUGAGCGAGACUCCGGGCCCCUCAUCCUCACCCACAUCUACCUUCUCCUCGGGAUGUCCCUUCCCAUAUGGCUGUACCCUGGACCCUGCAUGCCUAAAGGAAGCCUCCCAGGAGUGGGGGGACUGGUGCCCUAUGCUGGUGUGCUGGCCGUCGGUGUUGGGGACACUAUGGCAUCUGUGUUCGGCAGCACCAUGGGAGAGGUCCGGUGGCCCGGGACCAAGAAGACCAUGGAAGGCACAGCCACUUCGAUCUUCGCCCAGAUUAUUGCUAUUGCUCUUUUCCUCAUUUUUGAUGAGGCAAUUAACUUGAACACCAGCUAUGCUUGGAUAGUAGGAUCAGUCACACUGGUUUCUUUACUAGAGGCCUACACAGCCCAGAUAGACAACCUCCUACUACCCCUUUACCUUUUUAUACUGCUCAUGCUAUGAAGGUAAAAGAACAUUAAAAGCCCUUUCAUUUUUUUAAUGCUUGUACUGUAUCUCCUUACAGUACUGAACAGAAAGUCAUAUUGAAAAUAUUCCAACAGUUCAGGGGUUUGAGGAGUUUGAAUCAAAUUGCAUUUCUACAUUUACUGCUAUUUUUUUGAAGGCAAAGCAGCUUUAGCUUUGGAAUGAGAAGAAUACUGCACUCUAAGGCUAGCUGUACUUGAAAGCACUUUGGUUAAUCAACACUGGCCACUUCAACACUACAGCAAGAGUAAGAUAUUUAAGGCAGAUUAAUCACAAUUCAGUAUAGUUAUGGGUGGUCAUAGCAACAUAAGAAGUAAAAAAAAUGCUAUUUAGUGUCUCUGUGGCAGUGUUAGUUUUUCUAUUGUUUGGGUAGAAUUUAGGAAUUGUAUUUUGUCAAAAUAGCGCUGAUAGUACUUUAGCAGUUUUGUUCCUGAGUGAGUAUUAAAAGGGGAGGCUCAAUAUACUUACUGUAAUAUAUCCCUUUGCAGUUCCAGCUAGCGCACGAGUCCCAAAAGUAUUUCAUAAUAUUUUUUUCAGAUGGUGCACAGCAAAGAGAAGUCAAAAUACUGUUUUUCAUUUUGUAAUAUGUAGUUUAGAAUCAGUUUACAUCUGACAACAAUUACACCACCUAGUGAUUAUGGAAGUAAAUUGUGAAUGGUGAUGAUGCCUUUUCCUUAAUCAAAUGUACAUUUUUCUCACCCUAAAGCUUAAGCUUUAUUGAGGAAUUUUUUACUUGAAUUUCUCCGUUCCAUGUUUCCUCAGCUUUUAACAUGAUUGCAGCAGAUAUUUGUCAAACCACUAUUUUUUUUUCAGAAUGUAAAUUUGUCUUUCUCAUUUCUGUGGAAGUACUAGAAAUAUUAAGACUUGGAUGUGAAAAAGCAUUGUGAAUACUAUAUCAUUACGGGCACCGAAUUUAGCUAGAGAAAAAUGUAAUAAUUGAAAGUAUAGAUAUGUGAUCUAUUUAGUUUUUAUUAGACAUUUUAUAUGACUGAACAAGUACUAAAAAUAACAAUUUCAGUGGUGGAACCUUCUUCAGGUUUUUAUAUAAAGGUUUUUAGGUUCUUCUGCAUAACCUAAUAUAAGCUACAGAUUUAAAACCUUGAAAAUAGACCUCAGUUCUGUAUUUGUAUUUCCUCUUAUAGCUGUCAAGGAAUUCCCUUGACUACAGUUAAGUUUGGCCACCAAUCAUACGAGUAAACACGACUGCCUUAAAUAUGUCUUCUCUAAGACCAGCAUGUAGUAAACUAUCUUUUGCCUCUACUUUGGCUUGUAAGUGAGUUGCCAUGCUCUGCAUACUCACUAGAUGGCAAUAUGCUACAUCACUAAGCCAGUCUUCUCAAAGUACUGUAAAAUAUAUCUAUUAUUUAAACAACAUUUAAAAAGUCACUUGUGCAUUAUGUAACACUGUCAUACAGAGGGAGGACACAUAGUUUAGUUUCUAAUUAGGAAAAUUCUAGCUAGCUAAGAUUCUACAACCUUUUUUCUGUUAUAUUCACUGAAGAUUUAUCUACAUAUCCUUAAUGUUAAUUGCUCUUGCAACACACUAGUUAUGUCUACAAAAAUAAAUAGUAUCCCAGGUUGCCCUUAUUUUACUUUUCAAUGAUCCAUUUUUUAUUUAAAAAAACACCAGAUUUGAAACUGCGCUUAGAGUCCUGGUCCUUUCUUCAUCACAAUAGACUGAAUUGUAUUCAGAUGCUGCAUUUCUUGUACUGUAUGUCAGAAGAAGCAGAGUUAAAAACUCUCAGUUUCAGGGACAAAAAAAAAAACUAUCCUGUAGGUAUUUAAUUAUUUCGCAGCAAGGUAUUGAAAAUGGCAGAUCAUCCUGCAAGACUUUAAAACCCAGCUACUGAAAGGGUUGUGACCGUCGAGGACAAACACAACUCCUGUAGUCAGUUGUAAGUUUCAAUCAUUAGAGCAGCUCACAGCUGUUGCCCUAAAUGUAACAGAUUGUGUGUUAUGCAACAGCAGGAGAGGAGAGGUAUUACCGAAACACACAUGCUUCAUAAAAGGGGCUAUAAAAAUAGUUUUGGCUGGACUCCCUGUUAAAUCGCAGUGUGGUGCAGCAAUUUAUCAGAACACUCCAGCAGCUAAGUAAGCUCUUUGUUUCAUUUUGUGUUUUCAUUCGUCUGGGGAAACCUUGUUCAUUUUCUAAUUAAGAUGAUUGUGAUGCCACACAGGUGCAUGUCAUAGCCUGGUGGUACUGUGAGGCUACAUUGUUUUUGGAGAGGCCAACACAUUUCUGCCAGUGGCUUUCUAUAUUGUUUUAAUUUGGGCCAACUUUUUAUUUGGGCCAACUUCUGAUGUGGUACGCAUUUCAUAAAGGCAACCAAGAAAAGUGUUUUAGAUAUGUUUAUAGUUGUUAUGAGCAAGGCUUGUAAAAUAACAUGUUGCUGUUAGUAGUCAAUGUAAGUAUGCAAUGACUGGUGUUGAAAAUGUGCCCUGGUAUGGACAUGGGCUGUGGCCCAGAGAAAGAGGUGUUUCAGUGAAGAUGGUGUAAUAAAAGUACAGUAACAGUACAAUGGGAGACAGCCGGACAAUGGUUCAGAACUAUUUAAGAGGAGAAACUGGACAUCUGUGAGGAUGGGCAAUAUAUUUCUAAUGGCCUUAUAUUCUAUAAUCUCUAGGUAUGACUUGGAAUGCAUGCAGAAGAUAUAGCUUAGACAGAAGCUUGCAAUUUUCUAACCCCAUGUGGAAAAGGAGUCUUUAGAGAGCCAUGUAGUAUUACGUUAAACCUAUGGCAUGGCACAACUGUGAAACAUUUAAUUUUAUAGUGUCAUAGAAUAGUGAAAACCACACCCUUCUUGACAUGUAAAAUUAUUUCAAAUGCAGCUGCCUUAAUAUAUAUGCUAAUCAGCUACUUGUUCCAUCAUGUCAUUAGCUACUCCAAAUGCAGCAUGCAGAUUGUAUGGUAUAUACUGAGCAAGCUUUGCAAUUUUUAACUGCCUGGAAUGCUUAACAGGGAGAGUUUCUGUAGAAGACAUGUUGUUCAGACAUGGGAUCAAGCAGUAAUUUUUAGAUUCUUUAAAACGCAUGAGUAAUAGCGCUCCACAUACACAACAUACAGAGUUACCAUAGGAAGAACAUCCUAUCUGAGGCAAGUGUGUGCUUCUCUCCUUCUUCUGUCCUGUAUUCAGUUCUCUCUUCUUUUCGUACUGAACAGGGCUACAGUCAUAAGAUGGUCACUGAUUUCAUUAUUCUCUCCCAUAUUCGUAUUAUAUUUCUUGAGGUUAUUUGAAAUGGAAUCAAGAUGUAUUAUCUAGAUAUGCUUUCAAAAGUUAGAAUAGUUUACUCCAUAGAAAAUGCAUUUUUCUGCCGAUUAAAGUUCCCUACCAGAUAAACCCAAACUUUCUUGUCAAGAGCGACAUGAAAUCACAGUCUCUGAAGUGUAUUUAAAUGUGCAUGAAAGAUGUGCAGUGCAAAUUUGAUUAAUUUGGUGUUCUUGUUUUUUUGUGUGUGUUUUUUUUUUUCCUGGCUUGCUUUUUUAAUAUAUGAAGAAAUGUUCAGCAACAGCUUUGAAAUCGUCUCUGUUUUGCUUUGAAAGACCAGUGCUGAGAAUUGUAUGGCUGUUUGGCUCUCAUGUUGAAAUGUCAGUCUGGAUUUAGUGGCGGAAAUCAAGUUGCAUAUUUUGGUGACCAUGAGAUCGGCAACAAAAUAGACAGUGCUGACUUGUCUUUGGUAGCAUGGCAAUGAGUUUGGGAGAGCAGGAUUAAGCUAAUGUUCAUAUGCCUACCUAAAUAAUUUGCAGAAAAAGCAAUUGGCAGCCCCAUAAUCAGGCUGCAUGUUCAUUUCUAAUUUAGUGAAGGUAGAAAUAAGGCUUCAUUAACUUAACAAAGAAGCUGUUAAGGGUUGCAAAUCACACUUUGGAAAUAACAUUUCUUUACUGGUAGAUAUUUCUGCAUUGUGAAGCUUUACCACUCUAUUCAUGAGCACCAAUUCCACAAGAUUAGAAUGUUUGGUGCUAAUCUUUCUUUCCUGGUUUGGAUCUUCUCCUGUUUG